AUAAAUUCUUAACAUAAGGAGACAAGGGAUGGUGGUUUGCGAGCAGCGGCGGAGACGGCGGCGCGCCUUUCGGGGCGCGGCGCGUGAGGAAAGAGGAGAAGCGUGUGCCGCAUCGCGCGGCGCACGGAGUUUUUCAGAGGACCGGCGACACGUAGCGCGCGGCGAGCUUCUGCCAGGACGCUUCUCUGUGCUUGCGGUCCGGGUAGCGUUCCUCGAAGGGGUCGUACGGCGCCCCCGCGAGACCCAUCGCGACCGCCAGGCAGCUGAACGCCGUGAAGGCGUUCUGCCCCGACCGGUACCGGAGCCGUCGGGGCGGUGGCAGGCGCCAGCGCUGGAGCGGCGCGGCCUCGCGGGCGGCCUCGCGGGCGGCUCGCUCGCGGCUCGCGCGCCGGACGGCGCCGACCCACUCCUUGUACGUGGAGAGCCGCGCGCUGCGCCGCCGCGCGUAGAACUGGUACUGCCGUCGCGCCCGCCGCGGGUCGGCGUCGAACGGGUCCUCGUCGUAGCCGUCGAGCGCCUCGUCGUCGUCGUCGUCGUCGUCGAGCGACGAGCUGCUGUCAAAGGUCGAGAGCCAGGCCGGCGGCAGGCCGGCGAACACUACUCGUGCUGCGACGCGGGCUGCGGGCGAGAGCGGGGAGUCCAUCUCUGGCACUGAGAGGCCGCCGUCUGAGCCUCUGUCUUAGCUCUGUGUGGCACUGGAGGCCGCCGCGCGGCGUGGGAUUCACUCUGUAAGCGUAUCGAAGACAGCGCGCGCGCUGGUUGGAGAGCAAAACUGUCCGCGCAGAGUGCUGGUGGUGUCGACGCUUAAGAUCUGGG